AUGCAGUUCAACGUCGCAUCUCUCUGCCUUUUGGCCUUUUCGCUACCUGCCACCAUUGCCCAGCGAACCGAAGAGAACGCUGUUACCAUCAAGACCUUUCCCAACCAGAUUGGUUGCGGGUGGGGAGUCAGUGGCCACACGGAAUCCUUCCCAGACGGAGAGUGUAUUCACUUGCCGAGGGAUUUCAUGGACGUGAAGCACAUCACGGAGACCUGCCGCAUCUUUAUUUACACAAAGAACGACUGUACGAAGUAUGAGAAGCAAGUCCACCAGGGUGAAGACUGUAUCGAUAUUCGCGAUUACCAGUCGAUCAAGGCAUUCUGUCACUGA